UCUUUCUUUGCUUGAGGCUUUGGCUUUUGGUAAUAAGCAUAGCAAGCUCUGAAGUAAAAGAAAUUAACCAGAAUACCAAAAAAUCAUUUUAAUCGAUUGCAAAAGAAUGCAAUAAUUUAAGUUGUUUUAGUAAGCAGAAAAUAUUGUAGACUAGGAAAAACGAAAUAUGCAUGUCUGGCGGAAGCGGUAUAAAGUGUUUUUGUGAUAUAAAGAAGCGCGACAACAACAAAAAUCGUUUUUAAUUUCAACAACAAAAAAAAAAUUAUUGGAACCCCUUGUGUUAUUUCAACGUUGUCUCUGGCGGAUUGUUGUGCGCCACUGUUUAUCAGCCUGGAGGAUGUAUUAGCAUUAAUUUGGAGGUUAUGUUCAUUUGGUGGCUGUUCUUUCCAAUAGGACGGACUUGCUUUGUAGCUAUGUUGUAACCACAUUUUCAUGUGGAGGUGGCGAUCCUUGUCAAGCUUCUGUAGGCCCACAUCUCUUAGUCCACCUGCUAAAAAAAAUUGAAGCCUCCGCGCGUAAACCAUGCCCUGGAAACCAUCGAAUGAUUUUGAAGAAGAAGUUGUCAAUCUACAGCCAGAUCAUGACUUUAUAUUUGGAACUUUGGCUGAACCGCAGCCACAACCAUUUUAUCCCCGCCCCCUAGACCAUUUAGAAUAUGCCGCCAACAAAAGGGCACAAGUAAAUAGUCAAAGCGCAGAGAAUAGAGCAAUUGGCAAUUGUAAUGGUCGUCUGCAGGUCAUAUCACAAGUGCAACGCAUUGCCGGCACUAAACCACUGGGAGAAUUGCCCACUACAAAAGACUGGGACACGGAUAAAAAUGUGGAAAAAGAAAUGGUGGGCAUGAUGAGAUAUUUUGGUUUGGGACCAUGCAUUGAUGAGCCUCUCGAUGAGGAAGUAACUAUUGCCACACACGCUGUUAAGAAAAAACCCAUAGAAAUCGUCGCGCAAAACGGGCGUGUGAAAGUGCCACUUUUCUUUGAUGAUGAUAUGUUUAAAUUAACACCAAAAAUCUCAAAAUCUGUUUCAGCAUUUGAGAGUGAAUCUAACAAUAAUUCACUGAUAAACAGCGAUAUUAGUUUGAAUACCUCCUCGUCAUCAAAUAGUUGUCAGAGUAGUUCAAGAUCUUUUUACACAACUCUCAACGAAUCGAAUGCAUCCGAUAGCAUAGCAUCGACAACCUCUUCGAAUAGGUCGUUAACAAAAUACCAACAAGCCCAAGCAGAUCGGCAUAGAUUAUUGUUGGAGGAGGAGGAGGAGCAAGAAAAUGCCGAUAUCACACCAGACGAGUACGGCUAUAAUCCCAACACAACACAAAGUAGUUUUUCGGAGCAAUCUACCUAUGACGAGGAUAGUUUCAAGACAGCCCUGAAUGAUUCUCAAAUGGCCAAAAAGUCGUUGACUACACUUCGACCGAAUGCAAAAAAAUUUUAUCCUGCAAAUAUUAAGAGCAUCGACUACAAUGUGCUAAACACCAGCAGCAACAGUUCUAGUGAGACCACUCAGCCAUCCGACUGGGCCCAAUAUUAUAAUAACUCUUGUAAUUCCUCAAAUAAUAGUUGCAGCUCUAACGAUUUUUAUCCAACACUUUCUGAGGGCCUAAAAAAAUCAAACCGCGCUGCUAAAAAUAUCAGUAAACCAAAUGAAUCAUAUCCUCAGGUACCUUCUAUGGGCCAUUGUGAAAACAAUGGAUAUGAAGACAAUUCCAAAGACUUUAUAUAUCCUAAAAGUGCAAAAACAUCAUUGUUACAACGUUGUCUUAGGCAAGAAGAUGAAAUAGUUAGUGAGUCGCCAAAAUCAACCUCAUCAUCAUCUUCGUCGCCUAUUUCAUCUCCUUCAACUUAUGCCAAUAUUGCCAAGCAAUCUCCAUCAUUAACUGUCAAAACAGAGUCACCGGGUGAGUUUCGGCCUCAAAGUGCAACAUUUCCAGCAUUGACGUUACCCCCAUCUCUGUCGUCAAACUCGUUGAAUCCUAAUGCAAGACCUUUUAUUAUACAGCCAUCCCAUUUACGUUGGUAUACUGCACGUGAAAUAUAUGAGAAAAAACGUAAUGUGAUGAAAUAGACUUAAGAAUAGUAUUAAGUAGAUUGUUUUUAUUAGAAGAGAAUUUUUUGAAUUGAUUGUAUUUAACAAAAUGGUGCACUAC